CUUCCAGUUCCAUCUUUUCCCUCAAAGUUGAAUCUUGAAAUUUUUUUGUCUAAGAGAAAUAUGUUACCUGAAGGGAGAUGGACUGUCACUGUGGGCUUGCUUGCUGUGAUAUUAUACAUUGCCUACAUAGUGGUGAAACCAAUUUUGAAAGCUGUCUAUCUUGCCAUCUUUUGCCCAAUCUUCUCCACAAAAAGUUUUGAGGUUGUGGACCAGCCUUACCCAACAGACAAGGAAAAGGAUGAUGUUUUGAAUAAAGGUUUCAAGCCUGAAAGGGUGCCCCAGAACCUGGAUGUAAUUGUGAUUGGAAGUGGACCCUCAGGUUUGAAUGCUGCAUAUUUAUUGGCCAAGGCUGGGAAAAAGGUCCUGGUGUUGGAGCAACAUGACACAGCUGGGGGAUCCAUGCAUACAUUUAUAGAGCAUGGGUAUGAGUUUGACUCAGGACACCACAUCUCUGUUAAUGUUGGAAAGGAUGGCAUUGCUGGUCUUUGUCUAAAUGUACUUUUGGAUGGAAAAGUGGAAUUUGUCCCUACAAGCCCUUAUUACCCUAUUGGUGGUACAUCAAAAAUGGCUUAUUAUGCUGCCAAAAAUGUGAAGGAUGCUGGGGGAGAGAUUCUAGUAAGAGCAAAAGUUGUCAAAAUCAUUACCCAAGGUCAAAGAGCUAUUGGAGUCACUGUGCAAAAAGGCUCAACCACUACAGAUGUGUUUGCACCCAUAAUCAUAUCUUCAGCUGGCAUUGAAAUCACCUUCAAACACUUACUGCCAAGAGCCAUAUCUGAUACUUCAGAGUGGUACAAAGAUGCUAAACCUUUUAUGAACAAACCCACUGCCUACUAUCAGCUAUUUGUUGGGUUGAACAAGACUGCAGAGGAACUUGAUUUGCCAUGGCAACCCAUCAGAUGUUUCACCACAACCAAGGAAUGUGGAGAGGUUUUCAAUGAGUAUCUGUCCCUAUCUCUGGAAGAGGCACUGGAGGUAGACAUUCCUGUGAUGGCCCUUUUCUUCAAUUCUACAAAGGAUCCCACAUUCAAUGACAGGCAUCCAGGAAAAUCCACCCUUGAAAUCUUCACAAUUGCAAACAAUGACUGGUUCAAUAAGUGGCAACCCUUGCCUAUAAAAAAGAGAGGUGAUGAGUAUGAUGAACUGAAGAAAGCAUUUGGUCAAAAGAUUUUGGAUCAGGCCUUGGAAAUUUGUCCUCAACUAAAGGAUCAUGUGGACUGCAUUGUUUAUGGUACAAGUGCUUCUGCCAACUACUACUUCAACAGGAUUGCUGGAGGUGGAACCAAAUUGGACAACACAAGAGCAAGAAUGUCCCUGGAAGCAUCUGCCAAAAUGAGGACUGAUACUGGAAUUCCAGGCCUCGAUAUGACUUCCGGUUCAUUGUUAACAUGCCUCCACAUAUUAUCGACGUUUGUGAUUUUCGCCCUCGCAACCCGCGAUUUCUACUCAAUCCUUGGUGUUCCCCGAUCCGCGUCCAAGAACCAAAUCAAAAAGGCCUACCGAAACCUCGCCAAGGAAUUGCAUCCUGACAAAAACCAAGGCGAUCCGGAUGCCCAGCAAAAGUUUCAAGACCUAGGAGCAGCAUAUGAAGCACUUUCCGACGAUGACAAGAGGAAAAUGUACGAUCGCUGUGGAGAAGAGUGUUUGAAGAAGGAAGGCGGGAUGGGUGGAGACGGUUUCGACGCGUUCUCUAGUUUCUUCGGUCAUGACUUCGGAGGAUUCGGUUUUGAUUUCCACGGUCAAGGACGUGAACGGGAAGUGCCUCGAGGUGCGGACAUCGUCAUGGACUUGUGGGUGUCCUUGGAAGAACUCUAUGCCGGGAAUUUUGUGGAAGUUGCGAGGAUGAAGCGUGUGGUGCGACCUGCGAAAGGUACCAGGAAGUGCAACUGUCGGCAAGAAAUGGUCACUCGGUCUCUGGGGCCGGGAAGGUUUCAGAUGACCCAGCAAACUGUGUGUGACGAGUGUCCUAAUGUGAAGCUAGUCAAUGAGGAAAAGCUACUCGAGGUUGAGAUUGAACCAGGAAUGAAGGACCUCCAAGAGCAUCGCUUUGUUGCAGAGGGAGAACCUCACAUAGACGGUGAACCAGGUGAUCUCAUCUUCAAAAUUCGAGGGUCUCCGCAUCCGAAAUUCGAGCGCCGCGGAGACGAUUUGUACACAAAUGUGACCAUUUCCCUGCAAGACGCUCUGGUCGGCUUCGAAAUGGAGAUCACUCACUUGGACGGACACAAGGUGGCCGUGAAGCGAGACAAGGUAACUUGGCCCGGGGCUAGGAUCCGGAAAAAGGGCGAAGGGAUGCCCAACUAUGAAAACAACAACUUGUUUGGCACCUUGUACAUCACCUUCGACGUGUCUUUCCCAAAGUCCGAUUUCGCAGAGUCGGACAAGGAGGCGAUUAAGAAGGUGUUGAGUCAAAGCAGUGUCAACAACGUUUACAAUGGUCUCAGGGGUUUUUGAAGAAAAACAAAUUUUAAAUUGUGGUGGAAUAAUGCGUGGUUCUUUGUUGGUUUUCUUUUUAUUCGUGCUCAAGUCUUGUGGAUGAUCUGUGUCGUCUUUUCUAUUUCCCCCACUUCGUUGACUGUUUUCGAGAAUGUUAUUCGUCUCUCUCGUUUUUUUUUUUUU